AUGAACAAGGCAGGAGGGAUGGCAUUGCUAUGGAAAGAGGACUUACGGAUAAAACAAGUGAUCACAACAGCCUUUACUAUUGAAGCUCAGAUUGAGGAUAUGGAAAGCAAGUGUGAUUGGUGGUUUGUAGGUGUCUAUGCCAACAGUGAGGAUCAAGUAAGGAAACAGCAAUGGAAGGUGUUACAGGCGAGGAAAAGAUUGCGGGGAGACAAAUGGUUAAUAGCAGGUGAUUUCAAUGACAUUGUGUCAAAUGAUGAGAAAUGGGGUGGCAACUGGAGGGAGGAGGGUAGCUUCAAGGCAUUCAGGGAUUUCAUUAAUGACAACCAGUUGAUGGAUGUGGGAUUUCAGGGACAUCCAUGGACUUGGUGUAACAAUUGGGAGGGUCCUGGGGAAGUAAAACAAAGACUGGAUAGAGGCUUGUGUAGCUACCCUUGGCUACAAGCUUUUGAGCAGGUCACCUGCAAACAUCAGGAUACAAUUGCAUCUGACCAUAGCAUGCUGAUUUUUGACACCAAGCCAUGUCCAACCAGGAAGAAAAAACGAUUCUAUUUUGAUAAAAGCUGGCUCCAAAGAGAAGAAAUCAAUGACAUUAUCAAACAGGAGCUAAAAACUAGAAACUUUGAGGGCAAGAGGGACGUAAGGAAUGGUCUAAAAAAGAGUUUGAAAGAGGCAUACAGAAAUGAAGAGAUGUACUGGAGUCAAAAAGCUAGAGUGCAAUGGUUAAAGACAGGCGACAAGAAUACAAGCUUCUUCCAUGCUACUGUGGAGGGGGGACGAAAAAGGAAUCGCAUGUUGGAAAUUCAAAGAGAGAAUGGCACCUGGACUAAUGGUGAGAAAGAGCUUGGUGCUGAAGUUGCUGAUUACUAUAAACACCUUUUCUCAGCAUCAGAAACAAGGGAAAUGGAGGAGGUUCUGGAUGGUAUACCACACACGAUCUCAAAUAGUAUGAAUGAAAAUCUAACUAAACCUGUGGGAGAGGAGGAAAUCAGAUCAGCAUUAUUUUCCAUGUAUCCGGAUAAGGCACCAGAUAUGUCUAAAACUUAUGACAGGGUGGAAUGGAGAUUCCUGGAAGCUAUCAUGCAGAAGAUGGGCUUCAAUGACAAAUGGAGGAGCUGGAUCAUGGAAUGCAUUUCAUCAGUUUCAUAUUCGUUCAUGAUCAAUGGAGAGGUGAAGGAGUAUGUAAUACCGCAGAGAGGAAUUAGACAGGGAGACCCACUGUCACCCUAUCUAUUCUUACUUUGCUCUGAAGGAUUCUCCAAUCUCCUCAACAAGAAUGCAACUGAACUCAGAAGACUACUCCAAGUGUAUGAAAGGGGUUUUGGACAGCUCAUCAAUUUUGACAAAUCCUCAGUCAUCUUCAGCCCGAAUCUGGAGAGGGAAUUAAAGUUGGAAAUCUGUCAAGCACUUGGGAAUAUUCAAGUGGCCACCCAAGGUAAAGAGGUGAUGCUCAAAUCAGUGACAAUGGCUAUGCCAACAUAUAUGAUGUCAUGUUUCAAGCUGCCAAAGAAGAUAUGCAAAGAGAUCAAUGCGGUGAUGGCAAACUAUUGGUGGGGAGAGGCAAAUGGAAAGAACAAGUUGCAUUGGAGAUCAUGGAGUAAAAUAUCACUGGAUAGGAAGGAUGGGGGCUUGGGAUUUAAAGAUCUAGCGACAUUCAAUGCAUCUCUACUGGAUAAACAUCAAGGCAAGGUCACCACACUGAAACCACAGGGAUGCAAGCUGGCUAAGGUAGAGGAGCUGAUAAUACACAACAGAUGGAGCCAAAAUCUGAUAUUCAGAAAUUUCAACUCCAAGUAUGCAGAAAGUGUACUAAGCAUUCCCAUAAGCCUAGUCAAUAGAGAGGACAGUAACUACUGGUGUCACACCUCCAAUGGGAAUUACUCGGUGAGAUCAGCUUACAACUUACAAGUUGAUGUCCAGAGGGAACAUGCACAAGAAGCCAGGGAGAGAGCGCUACCGGUAAGGCAACUCAUUUAUGAUAGAACCAAACAAGGUGACCCAACAUGCCGGUUCUGUGGUGAGGAAGGUGAGACCAUAGAGCAUGCGUUGCUUAACUGCAGCCAUGUCAAAUUAGUAUGGAAAAUGUCACCUGUCCAGUGGGAAGGAAUUCAAGACCAGCAGGGUUGCUUCAGUAAGUGGUGGACUACGGUGAUGGAAGCCAGAAUGAGAAGCGAAGGUAGCAAACAUAUCUCCCUAACAGCAAAUAUCCUUUGGCAAAUUUGGAAAAGCAGAAAUGCGAACAAAUUCAAUGCCAAGCAGCACCCUCCUAUGAAAACAAUGCAGACAGCUCAAGAGGAAUGGUUGGAAUAUGAGGAAGUUUUGACAAAAACCUCAAGCAUGAGCACAGGAGAAACAAGAGACUAG